AUGAUUAGUCGCCGCCACAAACCUGCCACCACACGCCUGGCUCAGCUGCGAUUCUCUGGUACGCUCGGUUAUGCUGAUCGUCAUUCUCCCAGAAUGGCCUGGCACCAACGCCUGGCCUCUCGGCCCCGACUAGACAUUCUUGCUGACCCGUCCCUUGUCGCUGCAGAGCCACCUCAGGUCAAUCUCCCGCAUGUCGACACCCAAUUGAACAUGCACCAGUACAACGGCUUCUUCGAAGAUGGCGCCCCGGCCGCCGACGGGCUACGAGGUGGGUGUGCGUCGCCUCAACUACACCGUCCGCUAACCCCCUUGCGUAUAACUAUAGACUCCCAUACCUCGCCAACCAUCAUCUCCAACCCCUCCAUGAGCCCCGACCCGAGCAACAACACCACAGAAUGGUCCGCCGUUGGCCACGCAGCGACAGGCAAGUCGGGACGAGUGAUCCACAAUCUACAAGAAGAAAUCGCCCGCCUGACACGCGAGUGCAGCCUGUACCGCUCGCGUGCGGAGGAGACGCAACGAUCGAACGAAACGCUCAAGAUCCAAGUAGAAAACAUGGGCGAGCGGGUGCGCAACCUGGAGCAAGUCAACGAAACGAACCUCAUCUCGAUCGCGCGCAAAGACCGCAAACUCGACGAACUGCGCGCCGAGAUCCAGAGCGAGCGCACGAAACGCCAAGAAGCCGAUUUAAACGCCAGCAAGACCAACCAGACCAUGCGUGAGGAGCGCGAAACGCACAAUCGUGAGCAGGCGCGCGCGCACGAGAUCGCCAAGUAUCACGAGACACAGUACGAGGUGCUGGUCGGCACGACGAAGCGCGAGAAGGAGGACUUUAGUCGCCGCGUCAAAGCCAUCUGGAAGGAGGUCGAUUCGAUGGCGGUGGCGUCGAAGACGAGGGAUUUCUCGGCGGAGCGGAUGGAUGUGAUUGCCGAACAGAAGAACCGCGAGGUGGAGGUGCUCCGCGAUGCGCAUGAGAAGUUGAUGGCGAAGCAUGCUUCGUACAAGAAGACCAAGGACGAGGAAUUCCGAGACACGCUGGAGCGGGCCAAGGCAAACAAUGCGUUGAUUGAUGCCGCGCUGGAGUCGAUGAAAGAGACACAGGCGCAGAUGCGGUGGGCGAUCCAGCUGAAUGAGAAGGAAAAGGAGAAGGAAAAUAAGGAGUCGGGGUGA